GUUCUUGUUCAAAACCCAGCCAAUCGAACCCAGCAUGCUUUGCGCGCAGACCGUACAAAAACAUGGCAGCGCUCAGGGCCCCUCCCUGUUCCCGGCAUGCACCGGGGAAUAGGUCAGGUCUUAUUGCUGAGUAGGAAGAUGGCGGCAUCUGGCGCAGAGCCGCAGAUCUUGGUACAAUACUUGGUGUUACGGAAGGACCUAUCGCAGGCUCCCUUCUCUUGGCCAGCGGGCGCACUGGUAGCGCAGGCCUGUCACGCAGCCACUGCAGCCCUGCACACUCACCGAGACCACCCUCACACUAUUGCUUAUCUCCGGGAGCUGGGGCGCAUGCGCAAGGUGGUCCUUGAGGCCCCAGAUGAGACCACCCUAAAGGAGCUGGCUGAGACCCUGCAACAGAAGAGCGUUGAGCACGUGCUGUGGCUGGAGCAGCCGGAGAAUGUCGCCACUUGCCUGGCACUCCGUCCCUACCCCAAGGAAGAAGUGAGCCAGUAUUUGAAGAAGUUCCGAUUGUUCAAAUGACUGAUGUCACCGAGACUUGCUUUGGUACCUCUGGUGUCAGCUGGAUCCAGAAACUGGGCCGUCCAUCCCUAAGCAUCACAUACUCUUUUCAGUGGCAACUCGCUCUUCUGUUAAGUUACGACAGUUUCUUGAGGGUCAAACACAUGCUCACAUUAAAGUGGUCACUAAUAAGUA